AGGUGCUGGGAGGAAACACACGGGAGGCUGUACGGCCGUGAGAACUGGAAAAACUGAUGAGAGAUCGACAUAAGGAGAGAGAACAGGAAAGAAGACCGACGUGGGAGAGGGAGCAGCAGGUGGAUCACACAGCAGGAGGUGUUUAUAUCUCUAAAUUCCUGUUUUAUCUAAAGGAAGUUCCCUUUUUCUCUCUGACUGACAGAAGGAUGGGAUGUGUGUUCAUGCUUUCUUUUGCAAAGUGGGUCAACACCUGAGAAGGAGACGGGCCCAGAGAUGGACACAAUGCAGGAUUACAAGACAGAGUUGUUAGUAUUUUAAAAAAGGACGAGUUUUAACAAAUGGAUUCUUAGGUGAUGUCUGACCUGUGAACAGCAGCCUUUUUGCAUCUCGUCAAACCGGUUUUACAUUCCACAUGAGCAGCUGCAGCUGGAAAUCUAGCCUGGAAGGAGAAGCAGUGGGGUUCCUACAUUUCCUUUCCAAUAACCCAGCAUUUUAAAAUCCUAACCGGGCAAGUGCAUCUACACAGCACACAGGAAGGAGCUUUUCUUCCAGGGUCCCCCCCCCCCCUCUGUAACCACCAUGCAGACCCCAGGGCCCGAGCAUGAUGACUCCUUCGACUUCCUGUUCAAGAUCAUCCUCAUCGGAGACUCCAACGUGGGCAAGACCUGCGUGGUGCAGAAUUUCAAGUCUGGGAUUUUCGCAGAGAGGCAGCAGAACACCAUCGGCGUGGACUUCACCGUGCGCACUGUGGACGUCGAGGGGAAGAAAGUGAAGAUCCAGGUGUGGGACACGGCAGGUCAGGAGAGGUUUCGUACCAUCACCCAGAGCUACUACCGCAGCGCUCACGGCGCCAUGAUCGCCUAUGACAUCACGCGACGCUCGACCUUUGACUCGGUGACACACUGGAUCAAGGAGGUGGAGCUGUACGGGGCAACUAAUGUGGUGCUGGUUCUCAUAGGUAACAAAUGUGACAUGGAGCCGGAGCGUCAGGUUCUGUUUGAAGAUGCUUGCAAUCUGGCAAAGGAGCGAGGCAUCCUCGCUGCUCUAGAAACAUCGGCAAAGGAAAGUCAGAACGUGGCGGAGGCCUUCAUGAUGAUGGCCAGAGAGCUGAUCUAUCGCAACGGCCUCAACAUCCACCAGGGAGACCUGAGGAGCACACCUCGGGUUCUCCUCGGGGCCGACUCCCGGCCGGUUAACGGCAUAGUCAGUGCCUACGAACCCCCAGAGAAGAAGUCGUGUUGCUGAUUCGGACGUGGACAGAACAGGGAAGAUAAAAGGUUGGAAAUAAAGAGAUGAAGGGCACUUCAAUUGUAAAUCUUGGAGAAGAGGAACGGAAGAAAAUACAACAAUGAGCGAGAUCGUUGAGGCCAAGGCCUCCAAGAAUUAGACAAAUAUUGAAAAGUAUUGAAAAAUGAAUUCAAUGUACUUUUCUGUGACGUGAAGAGAAUCAGAGAAUUGCUCACUUGGUGCUGCAAGGACGAGAGAGUCAACGUUACGACGAGGCGCGUUCGCCAUCGAGAGACUAAGAGACAGCGGCGAGCGGGUGCGAUCAGUGUUGUGGUAAAGUUGCAUAAAGAACAAUUUCCUUUACAUCAACUGCAUCUGGACUGUUUUAUCUCCUCCAGUGACUGACUGUGUUCUACAUCUUCACAAAUAUCUGUAUUAGACCGUCAAUGGGCUCUAAGUGGAUUCUGAUCAAUUUGCAUGACGGCGCAGGAGGAAACAAGAAUUUUUACAAGGAGCAAAGGUUGUGAAGAAUGUUUUUCAGCCACUUAUGGUAAAUGGUAACUCAUUCUCAUAUUCAUACAGUUCAUACAAUUUGCCCAAAGACUUCUGAAUGCAGACCAGAGGAGCUAAGGAUCGAACCACCGACAUUCUGCUGACUGGACAACCCCCUCUAACUCCUGAACACACACCCCACCUCAUUUAUGCAGGUUUACUUUUAAACGGUCACCCAUUUUAAUGAUACAUGGGGAGGUUUGGCCUUCUUUUUUUUUUUAAAUCAUCCUUGAGGACUACCUCAUCCUGAACACUAGGGGGCACUGUGUCCACAUAAAAACACAACUACAGCUUGGGUGCUCAUUGCCAGACACAGUAAAGAUCAACUUAAUGUAAAACACAUGUGGCUGCACUAAGGAACAUAAAUGCAUCCCAGUAAACAGGAAAAAGUCAAAUCACCCUUCAGGCUCAACUAUGUCGAGGUCAGUUCCUACAAACCCACCGGCCAACGUAAUCCGACAAGGCUCCCGUCCAGGAUAUAACCUUUCUUUGUGUUCAGUGCCAGGUUGGAAGGUUGUUCAGUGCCAACCUGGAAGUCAUGUAGCUGAUCUGAUUGGUAGUUCCUGACACUGAUGCAGCCAAUCUGCCUUUUAUCCAUUUUGUCAUGAGGGGGGGAAAAAAACUCAUGUGCGGCCUUCAUCCAAAACUAAAAAUUCCAGUGUUAAAGCAAUAAAUGAUCAACCAGUGUCUGUGAAACCAUUUUAUUUAUUUUCAGUAACAAACUUUAUUUGAGUUCCAAUGCUAAACUGUAUGUUUUACUCCUUCAGUGACAGCAGGAAAUGAAAGACCAUGUUUAAGCACCUGGGACUUGGGAGUUUCAUCAAGGGAACACACUAGGUGGCGCUAAUCAACACCACAAAACUUCUUCUUGGUCUAUGCAACAUCAACGUCAUUUGUCAUAUGUCAUUUGUCAUAAUUCAGAUGUCAAAUGAAAUAUAGGAUUGGCAGUGACAGACUAUGGCUGUGUCUCAAUUCAGCGGCUGUAUCCUUCGGACGGGGCAUUUGAAAAUGCAUCACAGCAAUAGAACCUGGCUGUCCCAUUGCAAAGGCUCCUUCAAACGUGCGUCCCUUCAAGAAAGGCUCCCAAGGGUGGACCCCUCUCGGGCCGACCUAUCCCAGGAUGCAUGGCAAACUGUUUUUCAAAGAGAUAAUGGUGGCGACAAGCGACUAGACAGAAACAUCAUGGAGUGUAUAUUGGAAUGAGUCUGGCCUCCAUCCUGUCUUUUCCAAAUAUGUAAAUAAAGCUUUAUACCUCACAUGCCCAGAGA